CUUCCUGUCAGAAGAUGCUGCAUCGGAGGAACUGCCUCGCUGCUCUACGUUACGUCUACGGGCACAGGGCGUAUACGUCGCACUGGCCAUGCUUUCCAGCAUCGUCCGUCCGCGCGAGGAAGAGGAAGAAGGAUGUACACGGUACAUGUGCACUCAGAGCCUCGUGUCCUCUGCGCAUCAAAGAACGUCGUGGACUCGGGGGUCGAAAUCGCUCUUGCCUUCUCUUGCAAGCUGGACAAGAACUCACGUCGUACCAUGUUGAGGAUGGACCUGGUUCCCGCGCCGGCCCGACCAGUAGGAGGCCUGCCCGCGUGCCUGCCCGCCCGCCCGCGCUUGUGUGCCUGGAGUCCGGAAGGAAGCCCAUGAUACGAGGGCACGACGAGGCGGGGAAAGGAAAAAGCAAAGACGGGGAAGAGACAGGAAUCCGCCCGCAGCAGCAGCAGUUUCCUUCGAGUUUGGUGGUGGGGUUUAGUGAAUGAGCAGCAGCAGCAGGAGGUGGGGAAAGAGGAGAAAGGAGAGUUGAUUCGAGAGACGGCU